UGUAUGGGAAAAAGUUGGAGAGCGAUCUGAAGGGCGACACCUCAGGCCACUUCAAACGUCUGUGCGUCUCUUUGUGCCAGGGCAACCGAGAUGAGAACCCCAAUGUUGACCAAGCACUGGCAAGGCAGGAGGCUGAAGCACUCUUCAACGCAGGUGAAAAGCAGUGGGGUACAGAGGAAUCUGUCUUCAACUCCAUUCUGAUUUCCCGCAGCUAUCAACAGCUACGUCAAACUUUUGCCGAGUAUGAACAGCUUGCUGGGCAUGAUAUUGAAACUGCCAUUAAAAAGGAAUUUUCAGGAAACAUUGAGAAGGGUCUCCUGGCUAUUGCCAAGUGUGUUAAAAGUAAAGUAGGAUUCUUUGCUGAACGUCUGCAUGCCAGUAUGAAGGGCCUUGGAACCAAGGACAAGACCCUGAUUCGUAUUGUUGUGUCGCGAUCAGAAAUUGAUCUGGGUGACAUUAAAAAUGCUUUCCAGGAGAAGUUUGGGAAGACAUUGGAGGAGUUCAUUGCUGGAGAUACUUCUGGAGACUACAAGAAAGUACUUCUUACCUUGGUGUCUUAAUUUUUUUUCUUUUGUGCCUGUAAGGUCCAAUGAGCUUUCCUGCUCUCUGAACAAUUUGUGGACAAAAGUAUACAUUCACACUAUGUUUAUAUUUACAAAUGAUCUGUUGUAGGUUGUAUUGACUUUGUGCCUUCUCAUUUUCAACUACUCUCUCAUUACUAACUUGUGCCUUCCACCUCAGUGCUUUUGUCAAACUAUGGAUGAAAUUAACAUUUUGUCAGUGUGUGUGGCUGGGUUUCUUUGUGUGUGUGCGUGUGUAUGUGUUUGUGUGUGCGCGUGCGCAUGUUUGUGUAGGUACUGCUGUGAUCGCUUUUGCACAAAUUCUUUGUAUUCGUUUUUUUAUUAUUGUUAUUAUAUGUGUGCCUUGCCUCUCAGAGCAAUAUUUUUAGUAUUGUUCUUGAAAAUUUUUAUAUUGUGAACAUAAAUAAUCCUUAGUUUUCAUAAAUGUUCGAUUGUUGGGAGAAAUUUUCAAAAUUUAUUUCAUAAUGAACUGUGCAUUGUACAAUGAGUGUCCUCAGAACCCGAUGAAGACACUAAUUGUUCAAUUUGGGUAGUUGUCAUUGUUUUUCAAUUGUGUAAUCAGUGCUGCGUCCCAGUACUUAAAGGUUCACCAGCUUCAUCCCCCAACCCUUCCAGUCCCUGAUCUAAACCUGCUGGAUGGGCAUUCCACCACAAUACGGGUUUGAAAAAGAGUGCAAAUGCUAUCAUUUUCAUGUUUCUUGAAGGUGAGGAGCAAGUUACUAUAUUGCCAAAACAGUAAGCAUAUGAGAUCUGACCAUUAUGUUUUUAACCAUGUAAUUUGCGUGCUAUUUAUUGCAUCUGCUUUUGAUGUUUCCAUAUCCUGUAUAAGUGUCACCUUCAUUCCAAUUCUGUUUUUCAAAUAUUAUUUUGUUGAGAAAUGAAAUUUGGAGUCAAAAAACCAAGGAAUAAGAACUCAACAUGUAUUUUACAAAAUUAUUAAAAAAUCAUUGAACUUCAA